GUGCUCAAAGCGUUGGCACUCAUUCGGUCAGACAAGCUUGCCGACGGUUUCGAAAUCAUCAACACCUUAGACGUUCCUGGUGCCCAUUUCGAUGACAGCACGUUGCAGGCCUUCGUUCAUUGCUUCAAGGAAGCUGGUUGUCCAGACAGAAUAACAACACUCUAUGAGCGAGCGGUUGCGGUCUCCCCAACUGAACAGAAUCUUACCCAUCUUUUUAUGGCUCACGUUAGGAAUAGAUCGUAUAAAAAUCAACAGUUGGUGGCAAUGCGUUUGUUCAAGGAGUUUAACAACACUCCCUAUUUCUUUUGGGGUGUAAUGAGUAUAGUUAUGCAGGCUCGUGAAAGUCCCGAAAUGGGCGCAAAAAUGUUUUACCCUCUUGCAGCAAGGAUGGUGGAAAAUCACAUAUCAAAGCACGGAUACAAAGCAGGAGCA